GAAGCGGCACAGUUGUGCAAGUAAGCGAACCGGGAGCUGUCCAUCGGGCUUUCUAUGGUUUUCUCAGGUUCACCAGUGUUGCUUUAUUUGGAAAUCCCGGAAGCUGUGGGUCUUCUGUUUCAUUGACUGACAGAUGUAGCAAGUAAGCUGCAGCACUCCUUUACAAACGCUGGGACCGUGUACUGGAAGAAAAACAGGGCAAACAAUAGAGGAACAAAUCCAGAGGAAAGAAUACAGGGUUUGAGGGAAGCAGAUGCUGAACUUGAAACCCCAGUGGUGGAGGUUGCAGAUGCUGGGCAGUGUAGCCAGCAUGGCAGAGAUUGAGAACUUGGUGGAACGCCUCGAAAUGGCUGUAGUGCGACUUGAGGCAGUAUCUUCUAAAUUCCAUGGCUCUGCACUGCCAGGUGGUGAUAUAGUGAAUGGGGUUGAUGGAGAUCUGGCUCCUUGUGUGGAAGCCUAUGAUGCGUUGCUGAGCGUUGCUGUGGCUGAGUAUCUGAAGAACAGCAAGGCUAUCGGUGAAGACGUGGAGAAACAUGCUGAAAUGGUCAACGCUGCUUUCCAGGCACAGAGGGGUUUUGUGAAGUUAGCAUCUACACACCAGCAGCCACCUGAGGCAGAUCUGGCGACACUCCUAAGACCAAUUUCAGUGAAGAUCCAGGAAAUCCAGAACUUCAGGGAGAAAAAUCGUGGAAGUAAGAUGUUCAACCAUCUGUCAGCCGUCAGCGAGAGUAUUCCUGCCCUCGGAUGGAUAGCCAUGGCACCCAAGCCAGGUCCUUAUGUCAAGGAGAUGAACGACGCGGCCACCUUUUAUACUAACAGGGUCUUAAAGGAUUACAAAGACAAUGACAAUCGGCAUGUGGACUGGGUGAGAUCAUACCUGCAACUCUGGACAGAAUUGCAGGCCUACAUCAAAGAGCACCACACCACUGGACUCGUCUGGAGUAAAAGCGGCCCUUUUGCUUCAGAAGUAUCACUGGUGGCUCCCCCUGCUCAUGGUCCCUGUCCCCCUCCACCUCCUCCCCCUCCCAUCUUUGAGGCUGACACCCCCAAAAACAACUCCUCAACGAUGCACUCGGCUCUGUUUGCGGAGCUCAACCAAGGGGAAGCCAUUACCAGAGGGCUCAGACAUGUUUUGGAUGGCCAAAAGACUCACAAGAACCCUGAGCUGCGGUCUCAGGGUGGUGUGGCCCGCCAGUCUCCCACAAAGAGCCACACUCCCAGCCCCACCUCCCCCAAAGCACCUCCACAGAAUCACUUCCCAGUGCUGGAGCUGGAGGGCAAGAAGUGGAGAGUGGAAUACCAGGAUCAUGCUAACAGCCUUGUGAUCUCUGAAACCGAGCUGAAACAUGUGGUCUACACCUUCAAGUGCAGUAACUCGACAUUGCAGAUAAAAGGCAAAAUCAAUUCCAUUAUAGUUGACAAUUGUAAAAAGCUUGGCCUGGUGUUUGACAAUGUGGUUGGCAUUGUGGAAGUCAUCAAUUCCAGAGACAUUCAAAUUCAGGUAUUGGGGAAAGUGCCAACCAUUUCAGUCAACAAAACUGAAGGCUGUCACAUAUACCUCAGUGAAGAGUCUUUAGACUGUGAAAUUGUGAGUGCCAAGACUUCAGAAGUGAACAUUUUGGUUCCACAGGAUGGUGAUUACAAAGAAUUCCCUGUUCCUGAACAGUACAAGACAGUAUGGGAUGGGUCAAAAUUGGUCACAGAACCUACUGAGAUGGCUGGCUAAAUUCACAAUUUAUGAUUACAACACAGAUGUUUUAAAUGUUCAUACAAAAAUCAAAAGGCUGAGAUACAUAACUCCAGGAUACCGUAGCCAAGUAGUUCUGUGUAUUAGAAGUCUGGUUUCAACGAUUCCUUAUUUUCCUAUCAUUUAAAUGUAUGUUUUAAUAUAUAUGAACAAACUAUUGCACUUAUGGCAUAGUGAUGGACAUCACUGUAGCAGUACCUACAGUAAUCAUUAAAAGACACAGGAUACAUAAUCACACUUAAAGCUCAGUAGAUUCAAUUUAAUAAGGCACUUCAAGAUGUUGUAGGGGACUGAUAAGUAGGGCUGAUUUAUGUUGUAAUUCAACAUUAAAGAAAUUAAAAAGAGCAUUCCAACAAAGUGUAUUACACAUGACAAUUAAUUAGUGGGGGGAGCCAGUUAAAAAGCCUAGCAUCUAUACAUAGUAGUUACAUAUCGGGGCCCUGAAAAUCUUAAAUCAAGACUAAAACUAAUCACCAUCUUUUUCUACUGAAAGUGAAAGAUUGAGGAAACGUUUUCUGUUGAAAGAAAGUAGGGCAUCAGUGGCAACUGUGUCCCGAUGAGUUUAUAUGCGAGCAAUGCGUCCAAUGUGGAUAUGAUGCUUUGUGUAAAGCAAGUUGUCUUGGAACAGCAGAAACAGCUUGAAUCUUUUCCUAAGGAAGGGAGACUGUUCCACAUUAUGAAAAUGCUCUUAGGAAAAGACCUCUGGUGACCAGUCCAGUGAAAGGGUACCCUUGUACAACAGAAAGGUAGUCACUCGUUUCGGUUUUAUAAGGCUGUAUAAACCUGUUUUAGGUAUCUAACAAUAUAAAACGUUUUGUUUUUAAACCCUAUAAGCUUCACUGAAUGUUACAAGCUCAACAACCUGGCUACACCUCUACCUGCAUUUUUAAAUAUUUGUUUUGUAUACUGUGUCCUUAUGGAGGAAACUAUGGUUAACAAACAUUUUCAUUUACAAUACUUCUCCAAUGAAAAUCAUUUUAAUAUUAGUCUUGUAUAGAUAUGUGCCAUAUUUACCAUUGUGUUGUAUUUUGCAUUUUACCACCAUCUCUUAAGCAUUAUUUAUAUUCCACUAAUAAAAAUUACACUACACAUGCACACACACUUUGCCAGUGUUUAAACUGCUACACUGCAGUGUAAUUAAUUUGCACAGAGAUCAAAACAAAUAUACUUUAAUAAAUCCUCCAGUUUGUGUCAGAUGCUUUUCGUGUAUUGCUUUGGACUAAUGCUACAGAAACAGCAGACAUGUCAUGUGCUGCAAGUUACAGUGUGUAACCUUUGCUAUAAUAAAUAAUUAAUUAUUGCUUUCAAUCUGUUGAAUCACUGGUUACCAUAUUUACUGUAGUUAGAUGUAUAGUUAUAUAAGGUUUCUCUUGUAUAUCUGAAGCACUUUGUACAUACAAACUGCAAUAUGCUUUAAAUCGCAGCUCUUUAUCUAGUGAUAAACUUUUAAAUUAGCAAACUUUUGCUAGCAUAGUGUUACCGGUUGUGUAUAUGCAUAAAUCAGCCAUGCACUGUAACAGGUAAAACGUAUCUGGUGAUGUAAAAGCACUGCAUACUCCAGUAUAGACUGACAGCAUAUGAACUUCUUCUAACUAUUGUCACCAGAUUUUCAAAUAAAACCAAGUCGUGAUUAAAUAUUCAAUGUGUUAUGUAUAAAAUGUGUUUUUGCUUGUAAAGAAUGAAGAUUUCUUUUCUCUGAAUUACGCAAGUACAAUGUAAAUACAAUUGCAAUAUGAAA